AGGACCUAAUUACUUGUGGCAUGUCGAUUCGUACGAUAAAUUAAAAAAUUAUGGGAUUUGCAUUAACGGUUGCAUUGAUGGCUACUCCAGGAAAAUUAUAUGGUGUGAAGUAACUUUUUCAAGUAGCGAUCCUCGUAUAAUAGCUGGACAUUUUAUAACAUCUAUAGAAAAACUUAGAGCAUGUCCAAAAAAAGUAAGAGGGGAUCGUGGAACAGAGAAUAAGAAUAUUGCAGAGAUGCAAAGUGUUCUUACGGACCAAAGUACGUUUAUUUAUGGACCAAGUACAGGUAACCAAAGAAUAGAGGCAUUUUGGCGACAUUUGCGGAUGGAAUGCUGUCAAUUUUGGAUUGAGUUUUUUGGACACUUAAGAGACAUUGGGAAAUACACAGGUGACAUCAUAGAUAAAAAUCUUGUCCAGUUGGUUUUCAUGGAAUUUGUGCAGAAAGAUAUAGAUGAAGCAGUAUCUGUCUGGAAUACUCAUCGGAUUCGUCCAACUAGAAAUGGAAACGUCCCAGCAGGCAAACCUUGUAUUCUUUAUUGUCUACCAGAAUUAGAAGGUACUAGAGAUUAUUCGAUACCACUAGAUCAACAUGUUCUCGAGAUCUGCAGAAACGAAUGCUCAUUUAACAAGAACACCCCAUCUGACCCCGACAUGCAUGAAUUUUUCAAAAUCUUGAUGGAAGAGAACUACAUAGCGUCGCCUAACUGUCUGGAAGAUGCCUGUAAUUUGUAUGUAACUCUUCGUAACCUGGCAAAUCGUGAAAUAUAUCAUUUAUAGACUUUUGCAGAGGCA